GACGACAAGCUUCAAACACGCCUUAUACUAUUUGGCGUUGGCCGCCGGUAUGUAGUGUGCUGUAACUGCUCCUACAAUAAUUUUCUGAAUGCCGAGAAGGUCAACUCUAUCAACAUCAUUUUAGAGGCAUUCGGUAAUACGAAAACCUGUCUCAACGCGAAUGCCACGCGCUUCACACAGCUACUAAGCUUAGAUUUCGAUCAAACUGGGCAAAUUGCCUCCGCUUCGGUGCAGAUACUGCUGCCCGAGCGUCAGCGCGCCGGUCGUCGGCAACCCAACGAUCACAGCUUCCAUAUAAUGUGUCGUCUGCUCGCCGGCGCCGAAGGUUUGCUACAGAAAGAGUUGCAUUUGGACAACAUUUCCGCGGCCGAUAAUCAUCCUUUCGUUUCACUGUCGCAAAAAUUAGAGGAGCGUCAUCGCGCAGCCGCUGAGUUUAUGCGCACCACACAGGCAUUGGAAGCGCUGAAUAUAGAACCGAAAGCGGUGCGUGGCAUUUGGAGUAUCUUGGCGGCCAUUUAUCAUCUCGGUUUGGCUGGCGUUACAAAACUCAAUGCUGGUCCGGCCUCGCGCGUACAGUUCGCCAACCCAUCAGCCGCACGCCGAGCUGCUGGCCUACUCGGCGUGUCUAUGGAGGAUUUAACGGCGGCGGCUUUCAAUGCCACUGGUCCUGGUGGUGGCGGCGGCACGAGUCCUUCGAAAUCGCCUACCGACAGCACUGAGCAAGCUUGGGAGUCGCUCGAGGCGCUUGCCGUGGGUCUGUAUUCUGAGGCUUUAGCUGCUGUCGUGGCGUUGAUCAACAAAGCCAUUUGCACCUCGGCGCACACAAUCGCUUCUAUUAUGCUUGUCGAUACGCCUGGCUUUCAAAAUCCAGCCAGCUGCGGUCUGCAAACGGGUGCCACACUCUCCGAUUUACGUCACAACUACCUACAGGAGCGCCUGCAGUUGCUUUUCCAUCACACCACUUUGGUAGCGCCGCGUGACCGCUAUGCGCAGGAGCUGGUGGAGAUCGAUACCGAGGGCAUGCCAGAAACGCAUCCUGGCCCGUUGGUCUCACUCAUCGAUAAGGCGCCACAAAAUCAUGUAGUGCGUUCGUCACAACGUGAUUUACGUGAACACGAUCGUCGCGGUCUGCUGUGGCUGCUCGACGAGGAGUCCAUGUAUCCCAACUGCAACGAUGAUACAUUCCUGGAGCGCCUCUUUGCGCACUACGGAGAUCGUGAGCAUCAGACGCUGUUGCGCAAGUGCUCCGGACCCAAACAGUUUGUGCUGCAACACCUGCAAGGCACCAAUCCCGUGCUAUACACUGUCGAUGGUUGGGUGCGGCAUAGCCGUGAGCACCCCGCCAUACGUAAUGCAGUGACACUGCUGCAGGACAGCUCCCGCGAUGAGAUCAGCCGGCUGUAUAUUGGUUCGUUGACGCGUGGCGCUGGUGGUAUAGUAUUUUGUGGCUCCAUAGCUGGGCUGGAAGGUACACAAUCGUUGCGUCGUGUCUCCAGCAUUCGACGCUCGUUCACCUCCGCUGGCGUGAAGCGUAAUUCCAUAAUGUUGCAAGUGAAAUUCACCGUGGAUGGCAUAAUCGAUACGUUGCGGCGUACGGGCACGCAUUUUGUGCACUGUUACAUGUUGCAACACAAUGCCGGACAGCAUAGCAGUUACUCGGCGAGUGGGUCGCCAAAUGCAGCGGCGCUGCAAUCGAGUAGCGAGGACAUGGUGAAUGUUCCUUUGUUGCGUAGUCAGUUGCGCGGUUCACAAGUGCUCGAGGCGGCACGAUUACAUCGUUUGGGCUUCCCAGAAUCAGUUCCUUUGGCCGAGUUUGUGCGUCGCUUUGGCUUGCUGGCUGGUGUUGAUACCGCUGGCGCCAAAGAUAUAACCAUAGAACAAAUAUUAUCUGCUAACGAAGUGGACACUGCCACAUACCGUAUCGGACCUAGUCAAGAGUUGGCCGUUCGUUGUAUUCAACGCAAUGUUAAAGCAUUUCUUACGGUCCGCGAUUGGCCCUGGUGGCGCCUUUUGGUGCGUGUAACACCUCUCCUAAAUGUCCAUCGUACCGAGGAGCAGCUAAAGUCGGCGAACGAAGAAUUGGCAAUGCUGCGUGCCAAGUUGGAGAAAAUCGAAAACGAUCGCAACGAAUUGAAGACUGAAAAUCAGAAAUUGGAAGCGAAGUUAUCCGAAAUGACGGUGGACCUCGCCGAGGAGCGCUCUACCGCUAAUAUUGCCACCGAGCGGCUCGAAGCCGAAACAGCCGAACGUUUGAAACUCGAAAAAGAACUCAAUGAACAACAAAACAAAGUGAAAAAUCUGCAAGAGACCAGCGAGAAGCUGGAAAUGGAACUGAUUUGUGCCAAAUCCGAUUUGAAUGGCAUAUCCGAAGAUGAGGAUCCAGAGAAUGAUGAAAGUGGUGGCGGCGGCGUUUAUAAAUUGAAAUAUGAGCGCGUGGCGCGUGAGCUGGAGUUCACCAAGCGACGCUUACAAACCCAACACGAACACGAUCUGGAACAACUAGUCGGACUGAAGAAACAGUUGGAGAAGAAGCUCUCCGAUGCCUAUGAGGAGGUCGAGGAGCAACGCCAGGUUGUCGGUCAAUGGAAGCGCAAAGCGCAAAAAAUGACCAAUGAAAUGAAUGAUUUGCGUAUGUUGCUCGAAGAGCAAAAUGGUCGCAAUAAUUUGUUGGAGAAGAAACAGCGCAAAUUUGAUGCUGAAUGUCAAUCGUUGCAGGAUGCAGCUCGUCUAGAACGUCAAACGAAGGAUAGGCUAUCGCGCGAAAAGGACGUACUUAUCGCUGAGAAAUUCACGUUGGAACAAACAUUGGCGGACACUCGUCUUGAGCUCGAACUCAAGGAAGAGAAGCUGGCGUCGCUACAGCGUGAACUGGAAGAGAUGACUUUCGGUGGCAGCACCGAAGAGGAAAUCGCACAGCUGCGUCGUUCCAAAAAUGAAUUGGAUCGACGUGUCAAAGAGCAAGAGGAAGAACUGGAUGAGAUGGCAGGGCAGGUGCAAUUGCUUGAACAAGCCAAAUUGCGUUUGGAAAUGACGCUGGAGACAAUGCGAAAGGAAGCACGACGAGAGACGCAACAACGUGACGAUGAGUUGGAGGAGGCGCGCAACAGCUCCUAUAAGAAGAUUAAAGCUUUGGAAUGCCAACUGGAGACAGAGCAUGAAGAACGCACUUUGUUGUUGCGCGAGAAGCACGAACUCGAGCGACGCCUAUCUUCGAUGGAGGAUCAAGAUCGCAUGGAUCGCCAAGCCGAAGAGGCUGCUACACAGAAACUAAAACGCGAUCUACGCAAAUACAAAGCGCUGUUGAAGGAUGCGCAAGCGCAAUUGGAACGUUCAAAAGCAGAAACGCCUGGCAAGGCGCUCAUACGGCAGUUACGCAACCAACUCGAGGACGCCGAAUCGGCGCGCACGCUUGCCAUGAAGGCACGUCAAGCAGCCGAAGCGGAACUAGCCGAAGUGCAAGCAAUGUUCGAGGAAUCACAGCGUGGUCGCAACGAUGCCGAAGAGCGCGCCAAUGCUGCACAUCGUGAUCGUGCCGAAUUGCAGGCGCAGAUUGAAGAGAAUGAAGAGGAACUGGCUGAGUUGAUGAAGAAAUAUAGCGCGGCUGUAAAGCAGUUGAAUACCGAACAGAUUGCAGCUUCCGAGUAUGAGUUCAAACUGUCCGAGCUGGAGGCAGAACGCAAUAAUCUCAAGGAGCAAGUAAGCGAACUGCAGCAGCGGUUGGAGAAUCUAGAGAAUAUGGCUGAUCCAUCGACAGCAAUGCUAUCGAAGCGCUUGGAACUCCGCACCAAAGAAUUAGAAUCCCGCCUCGACCUCGAACAAGCCACACGCACACGUCUCGAGGUGCAAGUGACGCGGCUCAAAGAGACGCUCGAUAAGGUACAGAACGAUGUGGCGCAGGCGAAGGGGCGUGAAAUGCAAGCGCAAGAUGCGCUCAAGAAAUCACAAAAGAGUUUGCGUGAUAUGCGCGAAGAGUAUCAUGUGGUGGCGGGACGUGAACAAGAGUCGGUGACGAAACGCAAAGAUCUCGAAAAGAAACUGGAACAAGUGGAAUCCGAGUCGUCUGCACUGAAGAAUGAUUUGCGACUGGCGUUGCAACGAAUUGCCGAUUUGCAGCAGGCCAUGGAGGAAGGCGAUGAUGAUGUGAGCGAUAGUGAGGAUUCACAAAGCACAGAUGGUACGUUGAGCGAUUUAGAGGAGCGUUUGCGACCCAUUAAAGUGAAGCGGACCACGAAUGGUGAAAUAAUGAGUCCGAGCUCGACUAAAACGUUGGUGCAUGAAAAGGAUGACAAUAGUCCGAGAAUCACAUUGACCUCACCAUCAUCACCGCAUAUUCAUAAGUUGGCGCGACAGGCGUUGAAUGCAGCAGAUGCCAAGGCGACAGACAAGGAUGCAGCGUCAGGCGAUGGCAAGAAAACGACGACGACCACGGCGAAUAGUAUUAGCAAGGAGAAGAGCAGUGAAAGCUUGAAGAAUGGUGACGCAAUGUCGUAUGCUUGAGUCGAUGGGGGGCAUACAAGAGGAAGAAGUAAAUAAAACACAGGAAGUGUGAGAGAGAGAACACAGGAAGUGAGCGAAAGUGAACGCAAGCAAAGGAUGACGACCUGUGCUAUGAGCAAAGUUGAGAAUUGUGCUGCUGGCAAUUAGCAGCUGCUGCUUUUAACAUAAUUUUAAAACUAUUUUAGCUUAAAUGAGUGUGAAAGAAAAACUAAAAACAAAAAAAUAGUAAUUGCAAUAAUUAGCAGAAAUGUGUUGGGGUUAAAAGAAAAUUGAGUUUUGUGCUCGAAAGUAAGGAUUUUAAAGAAAUGCAGUUUGUGUACUUUUUUUCUACAAAAAGGGGAUUAAAGGGAGAAAGGCAAUAUGGCAAUCCAUUGACACGCCGAGUCUGAGCAACAUUUUGUCACUUUUUUCUAACAACAAGCGUUGGCUAACAGUUUCACUAAAACGAAACGUUAAACAUAAAACACCAAAAUUUUGCAUAAAUAAAUCACUUACAAAAAAGCGAAAUAAGCAAAAACUAAAAAAAAAAAAUAUUUUAAUACUUUGAUACAUAGAAAUUUUGCAAAAAAAAAACAACCACAAAAGCAUUACCUACUACUACUAUUAAUACUACUUAAAAAAAUAUUAAAAAAUAUUUAAUGGAAACUUCAAUAAACCGCAUUAGUCCAACAGAAAAUUU